AUGUCGAAGCAUGUUGCAGUCAUCAUUGGCGGAAACAGAAGAUGGGAUCGGUCAAGACGAUUGAUGCCUCAGGUGGGCUACUUGACCGGUGCCAGAACAUUGAAGGUCGUGGUAGAUAUGUGUCGUAAGUGGGGAAUCCAAGUUCUUACAGUCUUCGCCUUCUCAUCUGACAACUGGUUAAGACCCAAAGUCGAAGUCGAUUUCUUAAUGAGACUGCUUGAAAACACAUUAAAAGAUGAAGUUGCUUCUAUGUCGAGUCGCGAUGGGUGGUUCUUGAUGGCUGCUAGUCACGAUCCAAGGGUAAAGGAUAAAGGUUGGUGGGUAUUUGUGGUGGUGUUCUGUGGCCGAAGGGUGGAUUGA